GGGAAAUUGCACCGUUGUUUUUAUAAUAAGAACAAGAUUGUGGAUAUUCAUGGGAACAAAGCAGAGUGGAUCUUCUUGAAUGGGAUCCGGCGACUGCGACGAAGAUCCACCCGAGGAGACAAGGUCAAAGAAAGUGGAUUUGUUUACAAUUGUACGGACGAAAUUCUAUGAGAGAAAGCGCCUACGCAGAAGAACGACAUAUCACUACUAUCGGCGUCAUCAUCAUCUUCAUCGGAGUGGCUGGUAUUGUUAAAAGAGCAAGACAAAAGUAAAAGCCGAAGAAAAUAAAUAAACAAAAAAAACAGAAGCGUUACGGAAUCUCGUGUCGAAGAGAGUUACAAUAAAAAGGAGGAACUGCACAAGUAGGUCGUGGGUGGAUAUAUAUUUCGUUGUUUUCUUCAUCGUCCGUAGAAAUGCAGUGCGAGUUCAAGGUCAUUCGAAACGCUCGGACGUACGAUUUUGCGUGGUGCAGUGGGGUAGAGGAGUAAUUACCUGAAGAAUACACCUUUUCAACUUUAUGACUCGGCUACUACUACUACUUUUGCACCGGCGCUUCCCUCCACCCCACCAGGCACUAUAAAUGCACCUGAAAAUAUUCUUCAGGAGUCAGACUUGAACGAACUGUCGCCAUGAAAGCAGCAACUACUCUCGCCUUCGCCGUCCUCUUGGUGGGCAUCGUCAGCGCCCAAUUCCCCGGUGGCCGCAUCCUGGAACCCCCGGUGCCGGCUCUGUGCGCCCAAAGGGUCAUCCACGAACGGUUCCCCGAUGGUAAAGGAUACAUGUUCAGCUGGAGGGAACCGAGCCUGAAAGGUGUUGAGGAGGAUUGGUUGGGUGGUAGAAAUUACUGCAGACAGAGGUGCAUGGAUCUAAUUUCGCUGGAGACGAGCGCCGAGAACGAAUGGAUCAAGCAGAGGCUAGUUCAAGAGAAGGUCAAAUACAUCUGGACUUCGGGUCGUCUGUGUGACUUCAAGGGCUGCGAUCGCGCCGAUCUUCAACCCCUCUCCGUCAACGGAUGGUUCUGGACGGCAGUUCUGCAGAAAUUGGCACCGACAACCGCUCGCCACCAAAACGAUUGGUCCGAGAAGGGCGGUAUCGGUAAACCUCAACCUGAUAACAGGGAAGCACAGCAAGGGGGCGCUACCGAGAAUUGUCUGGCCGUCCUCAAUCAGUUCUACAACGAUGGAGUCAACUGGCACGACGUAGCCUGCCAUCACCGCAAGCCCUUCGUCUGCGAGGAGAACGAGGAUCUCCUCAAGUACGUGCGCUACACCAAUCCAGAGUUGCGAGUGUAAAGACAAACCAUGUCCACUCUCUCCUCUCUCUCUCUCUUCUUCUCGUUUCCUAACCG